ACAGCCGGGUCCUUCUUCUCCAUGCAGCAGUCGGCGGUUCUAGAAAUUUCUAAACGGGACCGGGUGGAGAUACCGUAAUCUGAGUCCAUCCGAAGCCGAACCGCGGUGCUCAAGCUCCGGGACGAAUCAGUCCCUAUCUAAAGACUUCUCUUAACAUUUACCAUCGAUAAUUAAGUCACGAUGCCAGAAGUAAAGUCUGCUGCGAGAGUUUCAAACAUGAGCAGAAACAAAGGAGGGGCGUAUGUGGACCGCGACAAGCCGGCCCAGGUUAGGUUCAGUAACAUCUCAGCUGCAAAAGCUGUUGCAGAUGCUGUCAGAACGAGCCUGGGGCCCAAAGGAAUGGACAAGAUGAUCCAGGAUGAGAAAGGUGACGUGACCAUCACCAACGACGGAGCCACCAUCCUGAAGCAGAUGCAGGUGCUCCACCCUGCAGCCAAAAUGCUGGUGGAACUAUCAAAAGCCCAGGACAUCGAGGCUGGUGACGGCACCACCUCUGUGGUUGUGAUCGCUGGAGCCCUGCUGGACUCCUGCUACAAACUGCUGCAGAAAGGUAUCCACCCAACCAUCAUCUCAGAGUCGUUCCAGAAGGCGGUGGAGAAGGGCGUAGAGGUGCUGACGGCCAUGAGCCGGCCGGUGCAUCUGAGCGACCGUGAGACGCUGCUCAACAGUGCCACCACAUCGCUUUGCUCCAAGGUGGUAUCGCAGUACUCCAGCCUGCUGGCACCCAUGAGUGUGGACGCCGUCAUGAGAGUCAUCGACCCAGCAACCGCCACUGGAGUCGACCUCCAUGACAUCAAGAUCAUCAAGAAGCUCGGAGGGACCAUUGAUGACUGUGAGCUCGUUGAAGGCCUGGUGCUUACCCAGAGGGUGGCCAACAGCAGUGUGACCCGAGUGGAGAAAGCAAAGAUUGGGCUGAUCCAGUUCUGUCUGUCCCCUCCUAAAACCGAUAUGGACAACCAGAUCGUGGUGUCUGACUACGCUCAGAUGGACCGCGUACUGAGGGAGGAGCGCGCUUACAUCCUCAACAUGGUGAAACAGAUCAAGAAGGCCGGCUGCAAUGUGCUGCUCAUCCAGAAGUCCAUCCUCAGAGACGCCCUGAGCGACCUCGCCCUGCACUUCCUCAACAAAAUGAAGAUCAUGGUGGUGAAGGAGAUUGAGAGAGAGGAUAUCGAGUUUAUUUGCAAGACUAUUGGCACCAAGCCCAUCGCUCACAUCGACCACUUCACUCCAGAGAUACUUGGCACAGCAGAACUUGCUGAAGAGGUCAACCUGGACGGCUCUGGCAAGCUGGUCAAGAUCACAGGCUGCACCAGUCCAGGGAAGACGGUGAGCAUCGUGGUUCGAGGCUCCAACAAGCUGGUGAUCGAGGAGGCCGAGCGCUCCAUCCAUGACGCUCUGUGUGUCAUCCGCUGCCUGGUCAAGAAGAGGGCUUUGAUAGCUGGUGGUGGUGCUCCAGAAAUUGAGCUGGCGGUGCGUUUGGCAGAAUACUCGCGUGAGCUUGGCGGCAUGGAGGCCUACUGCGUGCGGGCGUACAGCGACGCUCUGGAGGUGAUCCCCUCCACGCUGGCUGAGAACGCUGGUCUCAACCCCAUCUCCACUGUGACAGAGCUCCGCAACAGGCACGCUCAAGGAGAAAAGAUGGCAGGCAUUAACGUCCGCAAGGGAGGAAUCUCCAACAUCCUGGAGGAGCUGGUGGUGCAGCCUUUACUGGUUUCCAUUAGUGCACUGACCCUGGCCACAGAGACGGUCCGCAGCAUCCUGAAGAUCGACGACGUGGUGAACACCCGAUAAGAAGUCUGAGUCUGUCCUUUAAGUUCUGUACUAAGCCUGCUCGUACUGCGAGGGAUCAAAGGACUCUGUCAACAUCUGUCUGUUUAGAUUUCCCUGUAACUGUUACGUUGCAUAAUUUAAUAAAAAAGGCUUGUUUGUUUGUUGACAAUUCA